UCUGAAUUACUGAACAAUCAUUUGCUUUGCCGCAUUAAAAGUUUGUUCUAAUCCUUUUACACACACACCCACGCACGCCAAUAAUAAUCGAUGCUAAACUCGAGAUAAUUCGAGAUACGCAAAUAGAAAUGAGUACAAGCUUUGAUCUCGGCGACGAAGAAGCCGGCAUGAAGGUUCUUGAGGAUUUAACGAAGAACGUGAAGCAGAUGCAAGACAACAUAUUACAAGACAUCCUCACUUGUAAUGCGAACACUGAGUACCUUCGAGGUUUCCUCAAGGGUCGGACCGACAAGGAUCUGUUCAAGAAGAACGUCCCGGUGGUGAACUACAAGGACGUUCGGCCUCAUAUCGAACGUGUCGCGAAUGGAGAGCCAUGCGAUGUCAUUUCUUCAAGACCCAUUACUCAGUUCCUCCUAAGUUCCGGGACUUCAGGAGGAGUACAAAAGAUGAUGCCUUGCAACGACAAAUUGUCGGCGAACUUCGCAUUCACCAAUGAUAUGCGCAUGCUCGUUACAAGCAGGGAAGUGGACGGUGCAGAAAAUGGAAAAGGGAUGAUGUUUUUCUUCAUUAAGCCAGAGAUCAAAACGCCGUGUGGUUUGCCGGCUAGGGCUGCCACGACCAGCUACCUCAAGAGCGACCACUUCAAGAACCGACCGUCGAACUGGUACUAUUCCUACACGAGCCCAGAUGACGUCAUCUUGUGUCCGGACAACAAGCAGAGCCUGUACUGCCAUUUGCUUUGCGGCCUUGUCCAAAGAGACGAAGUUGUGAGGGUCGGUUCCUUCUAUGCUUCCGUCGUGGUGAGAGCGAUCAAGUUUCUCGAAGAUUUCUGGACGGAGCUGUGUUCGAACAUUCGGUUAGGUCAAAUCAGCGACUGGAUCACUGACUUGGACUGCAAGAAAUCCGUCUAUCCUAUCCUCGGAGGGCCUCGUCCCGAACUGGCCGACGAGAUCGAACAGAUCUGCAGCCAAAAGUCGUCGUGGGAAGGUAUACUCACACGACUCUGGCCGAAAACCAAAUAUAUCGAAACUAUUAUUACGGGUUCGAUGGCGCAGUACGUCCCGACACUGAAGUUCUACAGUAAUGAUGAUAUGCCUCUCGUCUCGACGGUUUAUGGCUCGUCCGAAACUAUAUUCGGUAUAAAUCUCGAUCCUCUCUGCAAACCUGAAGACGUAUCGUACAUGCUCAUGCCCAACAUGUUGCACUACGAGUUCAAACCUAUGGACGGAAACCUCGCCGACGACGAAAAGAUCGUCGACCUUGCCGACGUAAAACUCGGAUGCAGCUAUGAACCAUUGAUCACAACUUCAUCUGGCUUAUAUAGAUUGAGAGUGGGAGAUGUCCUAAAUGUGACCGGUUUCCGCAACGAUGCACCUCUGUUUCGAUUCGUACGAAGAGAAAACGUGGUUUUAAGCGUCGAUAUGGAGAAAACGAACGAAGAAGAACUCUUCAAUGCGGUGAACAAGGCAAAGCCUUUACUCGAAUCUUUGGGUCUGAUGCUUAUAGACUUCGCCAGCUAUGCCGAGACAUCGGCUAUUCCUGGUCACUACGUUCUUUACUGGGAACUCGGGGGUAAAAACAAAGAGGGUAAACCUCCGAUCGAUCCCAAAGUACUGGAAGAGUGCUGUUUCGCAGUGGAGGAAUCGCUUGGCGACGUGUACAAGAGAUGCCGGAGUAAGGACAGGUCUGCCGGAGCUCUUGAGAUAAGGGUUGUCCUGAACGGCGCGUUCGAUUCUCUGAUGGAUUUCUUCGUCUCGCAAGGUGCUUCCAUUGGUCAGUACAAGACUCCGAGAUGCAUAAAAUGUGCAAAGGCGUUAGAGGUGAUGGAGAAGAGAGUCGUUGCGAGGUUCUUUAGCAAGAAAUGCCCUUCUUACGAGCUUCGUCUCUAACGUCUAUCUUCUCCGUACACAUCUUGUCCGAAACAUGGUACUUUAUGACAUGUGAUUAAUGUUUAUCUGGAUUUGAUCUUUAAACCUAGAAACAUGUUGUGCCAAUCUCUGAUCAAUUUAAAAUAA